AUGCACCGACUUGCCAUUCUUGUACUACUACUGUCCUUUAUCUUGGACUGCCUUUCAUUCCAAGUACAAAGGCCAUCAUUCCAAAGAUUAUCAACAGAUACCUUUGCAAGGGGCAAGAGUAAAUGGGAUGACUUGAAGGAUGACGAUGAGGAUGAGAAUGUGUACGAUUCGACUCCAAUUGCCCCUGACAUGACAUAUGAGCCUCGAAAUCUGAUGAGGCAAUCCAAGAGCUUUCAGGCGAUUCGGGAAGUCGGUGGGAAAGACACUGUGAACGAUAUAUACAUUCACGAGCCAGGAACCGAUACAUUUUGGUUUAUUGGCAAAAUUGCCCGUGCCGACGUUUCUUUGGAAAAGGCAGUGGCUCGACAAUGGCCCAUGAUUGAACGACAUGGUUGCAAUCUUCGUCCCAUCGAGUUGAUGCCACAUUGGGGGAAAUUACAGUUGUGGGCAGCUCCUGGAGAUUCCGAACUUGAAGUAGCAUAUAACAGACCAUCUUGUGAGUUUCAAAAAAUGGAACGAGAAGUGGAGGGUGCGAAAGCUGUCAAGUCGAGUUUCCUUGGAUUUCAGGGUGAGGCCUAUGAGAAGGAUGAAUAUGGCUUUCGGACUGCGAGAAACGACGAUGGUACACCAGCAAGACCUGAACUCACUGGACCCGGAAUCAAAGAUCUUGCCGAGUUGGAAAAAAUGAGCGAGUAG